AAUGCACCACUCAUUUUAGCGACAUCCACGCGACGGUGAGGUGAAACGGUUGUUUUCGUCCCGGAUUGUACCUAGGUACCUGUAAGGCGAGGUAUAACUACUUCUGCGUCGGGACAAACGCCGCUUCCAGGCCCGCGGGGUCUCCGUUUCCCUCUAGAGUUACGGUCAGACUGAGGGAUUCACCCUCCGGUUCGUUUUCGGUGAGUUUAUCGCCAUGUUAUCGUCUGUUCCCACCAGGCUAAUAUCGCGAAGGUCGCGCAGCCUGUCACCGUGCGCGCGCGUGCUCCAGACUAGCGCAAACGUUGCCGCGUGCCAUGGCGUCCGCGACACGCCGACGGAAGCCAGCCGCAAUCCCCUCGUGUCCACCUCCAGGGUCUCCAGAAAAGGGAUUUUGCGUGAGGAGUCAGUGGGUACCAGCGUGACCCCUUCGGUGCAGUACCACCAGCUCGCCCCUAGGUGGCUGUCAAGCCUGGAGAAUCGCCGCAGCUCGUGGGCGGCGCUGGCCACCAGGGGGCGCAACAACGACAAAUACUGGGAGGAGAGCAGCGGAGGUGAGAGCCGGGGAGCAGGUAGAGGAGCCGGGCGGGCAGGAGUGGCCUGUGCCGGUGUGCUGUCGGCCGCAGCCGUGGCCUUCUGCCUGAAGAAAGACUCUGAUAGCAAAGGUGAUGCUCUUCUGGAGGCAGCCAGGACCAAUAAUUGUGAAGAUGUAACCAGGCUUUUAAAGGAAGGAGUGGACCCAAAUCACCGACAUCGUCUUGGCUGGACCGCUCUCAUGGUGGCUGCAAUGAAUAGACAGCACAGUGUGGUGAAGAUUCUGCUCGGAGCUGGCGCCGACCCAAAUGCUGGAGAUCACUUCAACAACGUUUAUGACACCUCACGGGAAAAAGGCAUCCACUCACUGGAAGUGCUGGUUUCCAGGGAGGAUGAAUUCAGCAGCCGGCUCAGCAGCCGGGCUGGUUUCCGCGACUGCACUGCCCUCCACUACGCCACGCUGGCUGACGACCCACACACGGUCCGCAUGCUGCUGGAGUCCGGUGCCAACCCUCUGCAGACAAAUGGCUUGGGACACGCAGCCCGGGCCUAUGCUAAGGAGGGAGAAGUGAGCACAGUUCUGCAGGAGUGGGAGGGAAAGUUCCAGGAGGCCCAGGCCCGACGGGAGGCGGAGGAAAGGAGGAGGUUUCCCUUGGAGAGGAGGCUGAAGGAGCACAUUAUUGGACAGGAGGGGGCUAUUAAUACCGUGGCCUCAGCCAUCAGGAGGAAGGAGAAUGGCUGGUACGAUGAAGAGCAUCCUCUCGUGUUCCUUUUCCUCGGCUCAUCAGGAAUCGGAAAGACAGAGUUGGCCAAACAGGUGGCUCGCUACAUGCACAAAGACAUUAAAAAGGGCUUCAUCCGCAUGGACAUGUCCGAGUUCCAGGAAAAGCAUGAGGUGGCAAAGUUCAUUGGUUCCCCACCUGGUUAUGUGGGACAUGAGGAGGGAGGUCAGCUGACCAAGUUGUUAAGGGCGUGUCCCAACGCAGUGGUGCUGUUUGAUGAAGUGGAUAAGGCCCAUCCUGAUGUGCUGACCAUCAUGCUGCAGCUCUUUGAUGAGGGCCGUCUCACAGACGGUAAGGGGAAGACCAUCGAAUGCAAAGACGCCCUCUUCAUCAUGACAUCCAACGUUGCGAGUGAGGAAAUCGCCCAGCAUGCACUGCAGCUCCGCCAGGAGGCCGAGGAGGUCAGCCGCAGGAAGCUGGCCGACAACCUCGAGGACGUACAGAAAAGUCAUGACAUCACGAUCUCCAGACAAUUUAAAGAAUCUGUGAUUCGACCCAUUCUGAAGGCUCAUUUCCGGAGGGACGAGUUUCUCGGCCGGAUCAAUGAAAUAGUUUACUUCUUGCCGUUCUGUCACUCGGAGCUGCUGCAGCUCGUCAGCAAGGAGCUCAGCUUCUGGGCUAAGAAGGCCAAGCAGCGCCAUGACAUCACUCUGCAGUGGGAUCGCCCAGUGCUGGACCUGUUGGCGGGCGGAUACAACAUGCAUUAUGGAGCGCGCUCCAUCAAACAUGAGGUGGAGCGUCGAGUCGUCAACCAGUUAGCCGCAGCGUACGAGCAGGAGCUGCUGCCCAAAGGCUGCACGCUGCGCCUCUCUGUCAAAGCGGAGGGGCAGGAGGAGCGCAGCGCGCCCAGUCUGCGCUUCGAGGUGGUGGGGGACGACAGCUCCUCCAGAACCCUGGACAUCCUCCCUCCACUGAGCCCCGAGCACUAACGGAGGCCGUACGGCAAACAGAAACGUGCGUACAAGCGCGAGGAGUAUCGUCAAGCAACAACACCAGUAGAGAAGGACGCAUGGUGUUCCCAAUAAAAGUACCCUCAUGAUUCCAUUACUGCCUCUUCCUCAAUACAUACAUGCAGUACACUUUGUGCCAGCCUCUCCACAAAAUGCAGUACAGUAUCUGCCAGAUGUGUACUAGAAACAUUCAGUAACCUCAUCCUAGGAGGCUGCUUUACAUUAGUGCUCACAUACAUAUCAAGUUACAGGUGUGUUAGCGUUUGAAUGUGACCAGAAGAGUCACCAGUGAACUGACUGAAAUCAAGGCCUUAGUUAAAUCUUGGCCAACUUCAUAUUUAUUGUACAGAGCACUGAAGACAGUCAAAGUAUUUAUUUAUUAAUGUGUAUUUUAGGUUGAUGGCACCAGACAGUUUACAGUGUCUGCCAUAUAUUUAAACUAUUAAUAUUACUGUCAGAAAUGUUGACUGAAUACUACAAUAUUAAUAACACUGAAAUGUGCUUUAGUUUUUCUACUGGUGAAUAAAAAAAAAGAGACACUGGCUUUUUUCCAUUUGCUGCGAGAGGGCGAAAUAAGUAUUAAUGACCAACAACAGUGUGACAUCGCCUCAGAUGGUUGCAGUCAAAUGAAUGCACGUUCACACAUGGAGCAGCCGUCACCAGCAGAACCACAUUAAUAAAUGAAUGCUGACGCGACUCGUGUCAGUCCCACGUGGAAACGUGCAGCAGCCCCUUUGAAUGAUGGGUAAUAUAACUGCCUGGUGAAUUGUUUCUGUUGAUGCAUGUUAAGGUCAAGGAGAGUCAUCAGUCACGGCUCGGCGCUGUUCGAUCGGUGACGCGGGGAGAAGUUUAGAGUCAUAAAAAAAUAAUAUUCAACGUGUUGUAUCAUAAAUGUUUGAACAGUAUGUGAAGACGGCGCCGAACGCAAUCGAGCCACGUUUGUCAUUCUUGCAUCCCAGCCUCCACAGCGCAAAUAAAGUCGUCAAAACAG